AAAAUAACAGGCUCUUAGUGUUACCAUGCUAGGGGCGUGGCUCUUUGUUCGCUCUCCUCUCUCUCUCUCUCUCACGAUAAACUCAAUGAGAGUGUCUAUUUUUAACCUCCUGUUCUUUCCCUUUGGCAGAGGAACCGGUGCAAGCCGAGCUCUUUCCCUCUGAAUGAAUCCAAGUAACCCUGGUGGCUGUCUUUUGAAAUGACCAGCAGACUAGCUUCGGUAGAGACGCUGCCCCAGGUAGAACUCUCCUGAAAAGCCAUGUCGGUCCAGCGCAGCCCUGGCACAGAGUUUUCCACCACCACUGUGUGCUCAGUAGCUGUGCAGGCUGGAGGCUCCAAAAUCGUGAUAGCUGUCAUAAAGUGUGGCAAAUGGGUACAACUUCAGCUGGCUGAAUCCCAGCCCAACCUUCUUGAAAUUGGGAGCACUCAGGAUGAAACCAGAAAACUGCUUCAGGACCAUGAACUUCUUUUGGCCAAGCUCAAGGCUUUGGAAGACCGGGUCUGGGAGCUCCUGCAGGAAGCGGACAGGACUGCUGAAGAGCAUAAGGAUCAGAGUCAGGUCUACGAUGCCAUGGCCCACACGCUGGGGGAGGCGUGGACAGCGCUGGUCUCCAUGCUUGAGAGAAGAAGGGAGCUCCUCAGCUUGACCUCGGAAUUUUUUGAAAAUGCCUUGGAGUUUGCUACUAAAAUAGAUCAAGCUGAAGAUUUCCUCCAGAAUCCUCAUGAGUUUGAGAGUGCCGAGGCCUUAAAAUCACUUCUUCAGCUUCAUGAACAUCAUACCAAAGAACUCCUAGAACGAUCUCUAGCCCUUUUAAACAAGAGCCAACAACUCACUGACUUCAUAGAAAAAUUCAAGUGUGAUGGAUCUUAUGUGAAUUCAGAACUGACUCAGGGAGCUCAGAGCAGUUGCCUGAAGAUUGACAGCAUCCUUGAGCUUCUGCAAGACAGGAGAAGGCAGCUGGACAAGCACCUGCAGCAACAGCGGCAAGAAUUGGGCCAGGUUCUACACAUGUGUCUGUGGGACCAACAAGAAGAUCAGGUUACUUGUUGGUUUGAGAAAACGAUCAGAGAUUUGCAAGAGCAAAGUCUAGGUUCAUCACUUUCAGACAAUGAAGAACUGAUUCAUAAGCAUGAGCAACUGAUAAUAAAAGCAAAGGAAUGGAACUGCGCUGCGGAAAAGCUGAAGGAACAGGCCCUGGAGAUUUUGCUGACGGACUAUGUGGAGAGAGAACAGCUACUGCUCUCGAACCAGAAACUGAAUCGGCUUCAAGAUGAGCUGAGUCGACUCAUAGUGGAAAGAAAGAUCUGGUUACAUAAGGCAAAUGAUUUUUUCAGCAGUACUAACAAGGCAUUUGAUGUACUUGGAAGAAUUGAAGCUUACCUUAAGCUCCUUAAAUCAGAGGGCUUAAGUCUGCCUGUGUUGGCAGCGAGGCAGGAGGAACUACACAGAGAAAUUAAAGAGUGCACAGCCGGGGUUUUGCAAAAGGGACAAACCUUAAUCAGCCAAGUAGACUCCUGCAGCUCUCAGGUGGGCGGCGUCCGGAAGAUGAUGGCUUGUGUGCAGAGACGCAUGGAUCACCUCACCAGGCAGUGCUCAGCGCGUGAGGAGUUAGCUGCCAAGAACCAGCAAAUCUCAGCCUUGGUGGAGGGUUACCUCGAGAAGGUGGAAAUGUCUGUUCAGAAAAUCAGUCCAGUACUUUCCAGGGCAAUGGAUAUUGGCUCUAGCCUUUUUGAAUCAGAGAAGAUUCUGCAUAAAUAUCUGGAACUAGAUAUCGAAGUCAAGGAGACAUCACAUGCAUUAGAGGCGGCUGCAAAAAUCAUGACAGAGAAAAAUGAAUUUGACCCUGAUGACGUGGCACCACUUCCCCUUAAAACUAAAUGGCUAGAGGAAGAAUUAAGCAUACUCAGCCAAAGCAUCAGUUCCAGGUCACAAGUCCUGCAAACGUACGUGGCAUUUCUAAAGUCAUCAGAGGAGGUAGAGGAACAGUUUCAGAGCCUCAAGAAGUUUUAUCAAACUGCAAUCCCUUGGAAAGAAGAGGUUGAUGCUAAAGCCAUGUGUUGGUCUGGCUCUGCUGAGAAGCAGUGGCAGUUAUAUUUAAAGAAGAGUUUUUUAGCCCAAGACCUGGGGCUUGCAUUCCUUAAUUUAAUAAAAAUGGCAAAAAAGAAUGAGAUAGCAAAUGAGAGGAAGGAAGCUCACAGUGUGGAGAGCACCUUGGAAAGCCAGCAGGCUGGACGAGCGGAACUCGGCCACCUUCGACUUGCACGGCAGCUUGAAGCUACCUCACAGGAGCCCGUGAAGCGGCGGUGGGCAGCACUGAAGGAGCAGUUUAAGAAGACUACUCACAGCUUAAAGGUGCUCCAGGAAGCGCUUAUGCCUGUGUCUGCACUUGACCUCGGUGGCAGCGGCCAGACCAUUUCAGACCUGCAGAAAAAAUGGAAUGAAAUGAAGCCACACUUCCAGCAACUAAAGGAUGAGGUUCAGUUCAUCAUGAAAGAAUCAGAAGAGCUAAGUGGCCAAGGAGCCCCCGUGAAAGAGAAGUCUCAGCAGCUCCAAGAUCUUAUUUACCUCCACCAGCAACAAACAGAGAGAAUCCAGGAUUAUGAGGAUGUCCUCUACAAAUUAGUCCAGUUCCACCAGGUCAAGGAGGAGCUAGGGCAUCUCACCAAAUCCAGAGAACUGGAAUCUGUAGAACAGCUGAAGAAUCUACGCGAUACUCCUGAUGCCCAGAUUCACCUUGAUCGCUCUCGGGAGAAGCAGGCACAUGUGGAGCAUCUCUGGGAACUGGCCCUCUCCUUAGGUGUGGACAUCAUCUCUUCAGCACAGCGGCCUAAUUGCUCUAAUGUUUCUGCAAAGAACUUGCAGCAGCAGCUGGAGGCCCUUGAAGUGGAGCACAUGAGCUGGUGCAUGAGAGCCAAGGAGCAGGAGCGAGCCUGGUCCUGCAGCGUGGAGUUCAAUGCCACAGGAGAUGAGAUAAAUGAGCUCAAAGAGUCAUUCAAAGGUAUCAAAAAGAAAUUCAACAAUUUGAAGUUUAAUUAUGCUAAGAAAAAUGAAAAAGCUCGAAAUCUGAAGGCUCUUAAAUAUCACAUCCAGCAAGUUGAUCUGUAUGCGGAAAAAAUGCAGGCUUUGAGAAGAAAAAUGGAAAAACUUAAGAGUAAAACUUCUGAUUUUUUCCUAAAUUAUCCAUGUAAUAAAGUUAAUAUCAUUUUGGAAGCUAUGAAAGAUUUGCAAAAACAUGUGGAUGACUUUGACAAAGUUGUCACUGACUACAAGAUACAUUUGGACCUCACCGAACAUCUCCAGGAAGUAAUAGAAGAGUGUUACUUUUGGUAUGAAGAUGCAAGUGCUACUAUUGUACGCGUUGGCAAAUAUUCCCUGGAGUGCAAAACCAAGGAAGCUGUGGAAAUUCUCCACCAGCAGUUCAAUAAGUUUACUGCACCCUCAGUGCCUCAGCAAGAGGAAAGGAUUCAGGAGGUCAUGGGCCUGGCUCGGCGCUUAUAUGGCUUAGAAGAAGGGAAGAAAUACACUGAGAAAAUAGUGGCAAAACACAAGGAGGUUCUUGAGUCUAUUACUGAGUUAUGUGGGUCCCUUACAGAGCUUGAAGAAAAAUUGAAGCAGGGAGGUACCCUAAAGAUGCAGCCAACUUGGGAAGAUUUUCACAGCAACUGUAUUGACCUACUAAAGGUGCCAGUACGAAAUAAGCAGGCAAUAUUCAAUGAAGAAAUUAAUAAGGGACAGGCACAGGGGACAGACAUUUUGGCCAUCAGUGAGGCAGGUGAAGAUGGACUGCCGCAGAACCCAAGGCAGCUGUCCUCUGCCAAAGAGGGUGGCAUACAGGGCUUGCUGCUGCCUGAAGACAUGCUAUCAGGAGAAGAACCUGAGUGCAUCUCUCCUGAUGACAUCUCCUUGCCUCCUCUCCCUGGAAGCCCUGAGUCCCCCUUUGCACUAUCAUCAGACAUGGAGGUGGAAGAGGCUGCUGGCCCCUCAGUGCCCAGCCUUCCCGGGAGCAGCUCCAGCAGGCAGCCCAGGACCUGCGGCCCAGCAGAGGCCCAGGAGUCUCUUCUUCCACCACCUGCUACUUUUGCUAAUGCAUACAAUGAGAGGAGAGAGACAUUUCCAAGUCAUUCUGAGAGGCCUUACCCCCAGUCCAGAGCUGAGUCCCCAUUAACCUCUGGAGGAUUUCUGGAAAGCAGUGCUGCCUUCCACACAACCAGUGCUAAGCAGCCAGAGAGCAUGCCGGGUGAUGUGCAUGACAGAGCUUUACAGUGGCACCUGCAGGCUCAGGGAAGUUCGCUAGAAAAACAGGAGAAAAUGCAUGACCAUGGUAGCAGCACUAAAACCCAAGAUAGGCUGCAUGCUUCCCCUGAUGUGUGCUGGGACCUCGGCUUUCAACCAGGCACCAGCCCAGGCUCGCAAAUGCAAAUGGUUCCCAGAGAAGAGGCGAAAAGCACAUCAGCAAAGAACCGUGUGGUCAGCCUAGCUGGCCAGGCACCUCAUUUCUCCAGGCUCCUGUCCAAUGUCACAGUCACAGAAGGUUCUCCAGUGACUUUGGAAGUUGAAGUAACGGGAUUUCCAGAGCCUACACUAACAUGGUACAAGAAGGGCCAGCAAGUAUCUGCAGAUGGGCACUUACAGGUUUUGCACAAGGAGACAAAACAUUCAGUGUUCAUUCCGAAGGUACGUGAGGCGGACGCGGGCCUCUAUGUGGCGCGGGCCCAAAAUUCUAGCGGCACGCUCUCUUCCAGUGUCGUCCUCCACGUGACAGGUAACCUCAGGCCCCCCAUCACAAGAAUAAACUGGACAAUGCUGUGUGUCAUCUAUGUUAGUGUGUCCCUAAUGUACUGGCUACUCACACAGUAACUGCUAUGGCCAUCAAGGGACAUCAUUCUUUUGGGCCUUGGGGACAAUACAGUUGUUUAUUUUUUGACACCUCCAACAGAGCAGUCCUCACAAAUGUACCUCCACUCUGGCCAUCUCACGUCUUGCCUAACGCCACUACAAAAUGAAAAAAAUGUCACAGGUUUAUUGACUUGUUUCAUUGAGGAACUUGCUGUAUUUGAGGAAGCUGGUAAAUUAUGUACUGUGGAUAAGGAUAUAUUUUUGUACUCUGGAAAGAGGUGUAUUCACUGUAAUAUGAAGCAAAAUUAUGAUAUGCUGGUACCCUCCUAAGGACAGGCAGAUGAGUGCUGAUGUCAGGAUAGAUAUGUGAGCUGAUACUCAUAUCCAACUGUUUGAUAAUUUAUUUUUAGUUGUACUCAUAAACAUCUUCUUUUCAGUGCAUAACAGUGGAGAUGUGGAGCUGAAGUUGUGAUUUUCAACAUUGCAUUAGCUGUCUUUUAAUUUUAUUUUUUAAUUUUUCAUGCCUUGAUCUCAUUUACUGAAAUGCAAUCUAUGUCAUUUCAUUUCAACACAGACUCUAUUCCUAAGCCUGACAAUGUCAUUGUACAUAGUCAUUCCUCUUGUUGAUUUCAUAAAUUUGACCCUGUACAUAGAUCUGCCAUCAGUUGUAAGUGAAGUCUCAAUUUUCCAUCAGAUCCACACUUUAUAGAGAAAAAUGGAAUAGGGGUUGCAGGAAUGGACCAACAUUACACCUGUCAUUCCGCUGAUGUGUUUUGUGUGUCCAUGUAUACAACUAUAACCAGAUCCUCCUGUCUCUCGUCUUGGUUAUGCUGCUGAACACUUUCAUAGAAUGUGGCAAGGCGUCUCACCGCCUUGGUUUCCCAUCUGGGGAAUGGGUUCAUCGUCUACCUCUUGGGGAAUUAAAAUUUUUCAUUUCAUGUCUUAUAAACGAUCUAGGAAAUGGAAAACAUUUUAUAAAGGUUAAGAGUAACAGGGCUCUUUGUCAUCACACUGGCCUGCUACCCAUGCUUUCUCUUUCUGCUGUUGCAUUACAAUAUUAAAUGAAAAGAGUAUUCUUAAGGCAUAAUUUCCAACUUCCCAGGGGGGAAAUGAGCUCAUGAAUUGGAGAUAAAUUCCUUUCUAAUUCCUUACAACUACAUCCUUUUCAAAGACUUGAAAUUAAACUCAGGAGGAUACAUUUAGAAGUUUCUGGAGAAAAAUAAGUAAUAAGACAGCAGAAGAUGAAUUCUGGCCUUUUUAAAAUUAUCAUUGUACCACUGAAAAAUGACCUAUUCUUUUUGAAAUUAAUUAUUCAGAAAAGAUCAUCUUUUCAAUUUUUUUUAAAUAAGACAAGUGUUUGUUUUUUAAUAUUUUAACAUAACCUGUCAUGAUAGGGCAAAAUCUUUCAUUGAAAGAAUAAUUUAUCAUAGGUUUUCGAUGAAGGGAAUUAAUUAUGUUGCUAGCAGAUUGUCUACAAAUAACCAUAAUAUUUAAAUGUAAUGUAUUCAAGUUAAUAUUAAAAAGUUACUGAAUGUUAUCUGAAAAUACGAAUGUCUAGUCAAGUAAAAAUUUGGCGUUUUCUCUCUUGUA